AGGCGGGCCUAGGAGGAGCUAAGCGCGCGUUUUCCAGAUCCAGGAGCUGGUCGGAGGGCUAAAAGACCGGUUUCUUCUAGGCUGGCGGAGACUUAUUUGCAGCAGCUCUGAGGAUGUUUCUGCUUGGCUCGACAAGGCUGCUGUUCUUGCCGGCUCUUCUUGGCCUGGUUUUUUCAGCUCCUGCUUCAGAUAGUAAGAAAAAGGAGCAACCCCAGGAGAUAGUUCUAAGCUUUCCAAAGGAUGAAACUAGCCUGAAUGAAAUGCUCCAGGAAGUUGAGGAAUUGAUGGAGGACACUCAGUAUAAGCUGACCAAUGCAGUCAAAGAGAUGGAAGCAGAAGAAGACGGCUCUAAAAAGAUAAUGGGAAUUGAAUUUCAGAAGCUUCCUGCCAAUUACCAUAAUAAAUCCUACACAGAUACAAAAGUUGGAAAUAAAACUAUACAUAGACAUCAAGAAAUUGAUAAGGUAACGGAUAAUAAAACUGGAUCUACUAGCUACUCUGAAACUAUUAUUACAUCAAUACAAGAAGGCAGAAAGAGAAAUCAUGAGUGCAUAAUAGAUGAAGACUGUGAAAUUGGGAAAUACUGUGCAUUUUCUGAUUUGAUGUACAACUGUCACAUUUGCAAACCUCAACACGCAGCUGUUCAACUUAUCUCGACAGAUCUUCUGUUCCCCAUAUGCACCGCCUUCCCUGGUGAGAGAGAACCUUGCCAUAAUCCUUCAGAUGGGCUUCUCAACCUAAUUACUUGGGAGCUGGAACCAGAUGGAGCCCUUGAUCGUUGCCCAUGUGCUCAUGGGUUGAUUUGUCAGAAGCAGAGUCACAGUAGUGAAUCUCUUUGUGAAUUAUCGUUGAACAAGACCCAAAGUGAGGACAAAAACCAAUUACUAGCAGAUGAAUUAUCGCUUCUGGACUUUGUAACCCAAGAUAUUCCUGGUGAAUAUGAAGAGAGACUGAUCAAAGAAGUGCAGAAAGAACUGGAAGAUGAAGUGGCUGAUUCAGGGAAAUUAGCUAUGGCUAGUGACUUUUUUGGAGAGGAAAUAUAAGUCUAGCAAGUUAACUGAUCAUACGUGCACUACUAUUGGUGUUUCAAGAGUUAUCAUACACACACGGUAUACCUGGACUUCCUCUUUGCUGCAUAGAAAUGCAGUUAACUCCACUGCAUAGAUUCAUGAAAAUAGAUUACUCUUCUAAAGCUCAAGCUAAAUAUAAUGGGUAGAGAUCCCUACAUUUUAAGUACUGUUUUGAGCUGGUUAAGAAUUAGGGUUCAAUUUAAGACUGGUGGUUUGAGUUAUGUAUUUCUGGUAUAUAUAGCUCCUUUUAAAAAAAUCCAGCUAUUUUUUGCUUCUUAAAGUUCAACAAUACUGAAGGAUGCUAUGUACUUUGUGACUAGAACCUACAGGAGAUUGGUGUCUAGUAUAUGCAGAGCAUAUCAGGAGAGUCUGUUUGAAUUAGUUAUAUUGACUACACCUGGUGGAAGUGAUAGUGUAUGAGCUGCAGAUCUUGGUUUGGAAUGAACAUUUCCUGAACAUAUGCCUGAAAUAGGCUUUCGAUGAACAGGUACUGCAAUAAAGUUGAAACUCUCCUGUUGGCAAUAGAUGUGUAAAACAUGAGUUCAUGCUGUCUGUAUAUAUGUGUUGUAUAUACACACACAUACACAAAUAUAAAAAGUGUUCGAGAGUUUUAGGAUGUAUAACUUUUCCACAGUAUUCUCAAAUUUAAGUACAGCCCCAUGAAGGGGGAAAAUGCAAUUACAGUAGUUUCUUUUUUGGGGUGCGUGUGUCUGAAUACUGGAAGGUUAGAGCUCUUGAUUUUCUUUUAAAUAACCAUCUUACUAUACCAUAUAAAUCUGUUUUUAACUCUUACAUUUUUAGCAGCAUUGUCUAAUCCUUAAGAAUAUAUUGGAGUUCUGGUCAAAAUUUUGUUGGAGUGACAGUUUCAAACAUUGUAGGAAUGAAUGUGCAUACUGGCCUUCUCUACCACAUCUGUCUCUAUUCCCCAACCUUUGGUUGUUAUCUCAAAGGCCUCACUAUGAACUGUUCAUGUUUUCCCUGAAUAUAUAUAUACACAUGAAUUGGAAAAGAAAUUAAUCACAAACUGUUCAAAUCUUGUGCAGCACUGACAUCUGUGCAGAAUAAAUCUUCACAUACUCAAAAUACCUGUGACAUCCUUCCACAAUUGGCUGCAAGUAUUCAUGACAAUUUAAGAUCCACCAGCAAAGAAACAUUUGGAAGUCAAUUCAAAAGGCUUUUC